CCAUUCUUGCCAGAGCAACGAAGUUGACCGAACAGCGCCAGACGAAAAUUUUCAUCACAUCUCUUGCUCUGAUACCGUGUCCACAAACAUUGUCCUUGCGGAAGGCGACAGGCCUUCUGGAUAUCCUAUCGUUUUGACUUUGGCUCGCCAAACUCCCAGAAGGGUCCCCGUGACCUUAUCUGGUGUACUUGCAUCUCAACCUUUCCCAACUCUUAUUGGCCGAGGUCCUUGUGUGCACUUGAACUCACAGCAACUGCCCGCAAGCCCAACUUUACAGCCACAGUUGCAACUUGAUGACUUCAAUAACCGGCACGAGAGAGCGGCAAGCUAAGUUGAUUUAACGCAUUGAAGUUCAACGUGUAGCUUUCUUCGCCGCGUUAUCUCAAGACAUGGGAACAUCUUGUGUGAACGGAAUGCGAAGACCGGGUCUAUAACAAGUUUAACUUACAGCUAGUGACGUUGCGAAGUUGCAUAAUGGUUGCCGGGGGCACCCCGUAUUGCAGUGAAGAGUACGAACGGAGUUAUCGCGAAGUUGAAAUCCCGUUUUGCGAAGCGUUAGCCGUAGCUAAUGAAACGGAAGGCCUGUGCAGUGAGAGCACAAAUUUCAAGACUGAGAAUGGCGCAGAGUCGGAACUUCUCAAGAAAGACGCAGGGAAAAAGGAGGGUGUAACAAAUCGACAACGGAUUAUAUUGGUCACCUUAGCAUUUGGACAUUUCUGUGUCGGAGCCAGCAUCUCGUUGCAAGCGCCGUUCUUUCCGCACGAGGCAGAGCGCAAGGGUGCUACACCUACACAAUAUGGAUUUGUGUUCAGCGUCUUCGAGCUCACAAUCUUUUUCGUAGCACCACUAUUUGGAAAGAUUGUGGCUCUCGUUAGACCCAAGUUCAUGCUUAUGACCGGCCUCUUUUGGGUUGGAGCAGCGAGCAUUCUUUUUGGGUCUUUAAUCGCAUGUCCAGCGGGCAAGCCUUUCCUUUACUUGGCAAUAGCGAUACGUGUUGUUGAAGGCUUGGGGACAGCAGCAUUUCAAACAGCAGUCUUCACCAUCGUGGCUGCUGAGUUCCCAACUUCUGUGGCCACAGUCUACUCUAUUCAGCAAACAGUAUUCGGUACCGGAUUGGUAGCUGGACCAACCAUUGGUGGCGCUCUCUACCAGCUUGCCGGAUUUGCACUGCCUUUUGUUGUUAUCGGGGCGUUGAUGCUUAUCAGCGCUAUCAUCAUUUACUACCUUCUGCCACCACCAGAGGAGCUGAUAGACUGCAGUAACAAGACAGGGCAACUGUUGAAAUUCUGGUGCAACAUAGGCGUUCUUCUGAACGCUUACGCCAUUUUCACAACCUUCCUCAUCAUCGGGUUUAACUCCGCAGUAUUGGAGCCUCACUUACGUCAGUUCAACCUCCAACCCGUCGUUCUUGGACUGAUAUUUGUACUCAACGGAUCCGUGUACGCCUCAACUGCCUGGAUAUGGGGAAGACUGGCCGAUAAAACGGUUUGGACAGACCAACUGACUGUAGCCGGCUGUGUUCUUCUGGCUAUUAGCCUCUUGCUUUUUGGUCCUGCUCCUUUCAUUAACAGCGAUACGAAAAUAUGGAUGGUGAUGCUUGGACUUGCCGUGUUUGGCUCCGGCUCUGGUGGUGCCAUUGUGUGCCCAUUCGUUGGGAGUCUGAGAGACACCCUAGCUCGCGGGUUUCCAGAUGAUUUAUCCACAUACGGCCUUGUAUCAUCCCUCUUCACUUCAUCACAUUCGAUGGGGGCCUUUGUGGGACCAACACUUGGUGGAUACUUGUUUGAAUCCUUGGGCUACAGGUGGGGUUCUAUGCUUUUCUUCAUGAACGUGAUUGUGUUGAUAAUUGCCUAUUGCGUGUUCAUGCUCGUGAAGCGAUGCUCGCAGAAAGCACGUGCACCGCUUCUCAAAGGCGUCCAAUGGCGGCGGCAACUGUGACAGAACGCGAGCCGUAGAUUUUAUUAUUUCAGAAUACUCGGUUACCUGCAUUUAUACUACUAACUUUUCACGUCUGCGCAGUGCUUCAUGAUGUACUUCACAACGCAUCAGACACCGCAAUGUAAAGUGUCUUUGUCACCCAGUUGUGUUGUUGUGUGAUUACUUUAUUCCUUUAUUAUGUUUACUUGAAAUCGAAGCGGGGAAAAUAAAUACGAACGAGAAAAACUCU